AUGCACAGUAUGCUCAGCAACUAUAAGAGCAUUGAUACUUUUCUCUCCAAUCACUAUACGUUCAAGCGAGGCUUGCCCUGGGGAUUCGCUAUCUACCGCUGUUCCUACAAAGACGACAGCGCCUGGAAUCGCCUACUCCAACACCUAGAAGAACGGAUCAAAACAGAUCUUGAAUAUAACAAGAGAAUGGACCUUCUGCCACAUCAUCAAUUCGUUAUCAAUGACGAUGUCAAUAAGUUCAAUGGAGCUACGUCCCAUGAUAUUCGUGACCACUUCAACACCUGGGUCAAAGAUCAACUACCUCAGGUCGUCGCUAGCCCGGACGUCCUUGAACAUCUUCAAUCUAGUAAUCGCGGGCUAGCUCCAGAGUAUUACCUCGGCGCACGGUGGAACUUUUGCCUCUUUGUGGACGAUUUCUGUCUAGACGCGCUUGAGCAUAUUGAUUCGGUCAACGGCCCUGUUGUUAAAAUUCUGUCAAAGCAGUGGGGUAAUUUAUCUCCCGAGGAGAGGAAAUACCAGAUACAUCCUGACUGGCACGAUGGAGAGACAGACGAUGAACUGGAAAUGGUUGGAUGGAUGUACAUUCCCACAUGCGAGUGCGUGUGGUGGUAUGAUCUUCUGGAAGACCAAACGGCGCAUUGGGAUGGGUUCUACUUACGGCCACCGCAGUUAUUUGACGGUUGCAAUAUAGUGGAUGUAGGAAAAGAUCUCGCUCGAAUCCGCUAUCAGUCUUAG